CAGAUCUUCUACCUCAAUGCUAUUCCCACGGGACAGUGGAUCUCACCCCAGGCAAAAUCUAUCUCGUAAUCCACAUAAGUUACAUCACAACUUCAGCUAACUUGAGAUAGUUUGGUAUCGACGGCAUAUGCCUUUCGAUCACGCUCUAAUGUCGCGACGACGACGCUAUUUGUAUGGAAGCGUGGUAAGCCCGAAUCGGGAUUCGCGAAUCUUCUUCACGAUUUCCGUGAUCACAUCGGGGUAUGAUUGUCGCAUGCCACGUUCUAAGGCGGCUAAGGCAAGGGGGCGUCCUCAAAUGACCAACGUACAGAGAAUGGCGACCCAUCAGAAGUUAUGGAAUAGUAGCCACCUACCUCAGUGUAGACAUACAUAGUGAGACCUACAUAUAUAAGGAGCAUGUCACUGGAAAAUCCAACGUCUGUUUGUCUGAGUUAAAAAGAGACAUUUCAACCCCACCUUGGCAUCCGACGAUACCUGCCUACUAGGUAUAUGUCUCAAACUAUUAUAGAAACAGACGAUCUUACCUAACGAAUCCAACGUGGAACAUAUUCAAAAUGAGUGAGAGUCAAAGCGAAUUCGGACGACGGCUUCCUCUCCAAGUCAUCAAGGAGAGAGCAGCUACGGAACCAGACCGCGAAUGGGUGUCUAUACCGCGAAGCACCAACCCCGAGGAUGGGUGGGAGAAAAUUACGUAUGCGCAGUUUGCGAAAGCAAUUAAUCGUGUAGCAGAUGGCAUCCAGUCCUUCGCUGGUGUGUCAGAGCCGGGCAAAUUUCCCACCAUAGCAUAUAUCGGGGCGAACGACUCUCGUUAUAUCUCGUUCACAUAUGCCGCUAUCAAAGCUGGCUAUAAGGCUUUGUUCAUUUCACCCCGAAACUCAACAGAGGGUCAAAUCCGACUGUUCCAGGAUACGGACUGUCACUUCAUCGCCCACACUCCCGAGUUCCAAGAUGCUGUUGACUCGUGGAAAAAGAUACGUAAGAUGGAGAGCAUGGUCGUUUCUCCUGAAAAGGAAUGGUAUGCUGGCGAGGGAACAACUCAGAUUGAUUACGAGAGAGAUCUUGAGGAGGGAAAAUGGGAUCCAUUCGCUGUUCUUCACACAAGCGGAAGCUCUGGAUUCCCAAAGCCUAUCACAUGUAGGCAAGGGUGGCUCACGACGAUAGAUUCAUUUAAUAAGGUGGCCCCGAUGAAUGGCGCCCACAUGUGGACUGUGGAAUUAAGUCGCAGGGCGAGGAAGCAUAUCAUUCCAAUGCCCUUCUUCCACGCAUCUGGGCUGCUUUUCUCAACAUUACUUGGCAUCAUUGAAGGCUCUCCGUGUAUACUCCCAAUUGGGUCGAAACCGUUGACGGCAGACUUGGUAGCCCAAUAUAUCGAGUAUACGGGAGGCGAAUCCAUCAUUCUGCCACCCUCGGUCUUGGUGGAUAUGAGCCAAGUACCUGCUCAUGUUGAAACGUUGAAAAAGUUGAAACUUUGUAUAUUCGGAGGUGGAAAUCUCGCAACCCGAGUGGGAAAUUACCUCGUCGAUCAAGGGGUACAGCUUUUGAACAUGAUCUCUGCUACUGAACUGCCGUAUCCUCUUUACCUCCAGCCGAACCCUAAACUCUGGCAAUACUUCGUUUUCGAGCCAGAAUUAGGUGGGGCGGAGUUCCGUCCAACCACCGAAGACCCGAAUGCGUAUCAGCUUUUUAUUAAACGUAACAAUCUUCAGCCCGACAUCCAAGGUCUUUUUUAUACCUUCCCAGAUAUAGACGAGUACGACACCAAAGACUUGUUCCGCCCGCAUCCCACCCUGAAGAACCACUGGAUGUACGCCGGACGUGCCGAUACCAUCAUAGUCUUUUCCAACGGCGAGAAGCUCAACCCCCUUACCAUCGAGCACAUUGUUAGUGACCAUGCGGGUCUUAAAGGAGCCCUGGUCGUCGGUCAAGAGCAGUUCCAGCCCGCGAUUAUUCUCGAGCCUAUCACCUAUCCACAGAAUGACGAAGAAGAAGAGAAGUUGAUCGACAGUGUGUGGCCUCUAAUCGAGGAAGCGAACAAGGACUCCGUGGCCCACGGGCAUAUAAGCCGCGAAUUCAUUAUGCUCACGAAGCCUGAGAAGCCAUUCCCUAGAGCUGGGAAGGGAACCAUCCAGCGGGGAAUCGCGGUCAAGAUAUACAAAGACGAGAUCGAAGAGUUCUAUACCAAAGCAGAGAAUACACAACAAGUUAAUGCGCCGAAGUUGGAUGUCGGGUCUGAGGACGAACUUUUGGAGUCUCUACAAGAGCUCUUCACGACCAGACUCGACGCUCCGGCUUUAGGUCCUGAUACGGAUUUCUUCACUGUCGGGAUAGAUUCGUUGCAGGUGAUUAAUGCCAGCCGUCUGAUUAUCGCGGGACUUAAGGCAGCUGGUGUCGAAGUCGACCCCACUGCCCUCGCCCCCCGCGCCAUUUACUCUCAUCCAACCUUCAGGGAGCUCGCAGGAUACAUUUACCCCCUGAUCGACUCCGGCGCGGCGCACGCGGGAGAUGGUAUGGAGAAGGAGGUACAGCAAAUGAAGGAUUUGUUGAAGAAAUACACGACCGACAUGCCGGCUGUAAACACGACCAAGCCUCUCCCGCUCGACGACGGACAGACCGUCAUCGUCACGGGUUCAACGGGAGGUCUUGGUUCUUAUCUCCUGCACUUCAUGAUCUGCAACAGCAACAUCAAGAAAGUGAUCUGCCUCAAUCGAUCCAAGGAUGGCCGGGGCCGCCAAAUCGAGAGCUUCGAGAGCCGUGGACUCAACACCGAUUUUAGCAAGGUCGAGUUCCUCCAGGCCGACCUAUCACUGCCUGGCUUGGGGAUAGACCAGGCCAAGUACGACGAACUCCUAUCCACCACCGACAGAAUCAUCCACAACGGCUGGCCGGUCAACUUCAACAUCUCCCUAUCAACAUUCGAACCGCAUAUUCGCGGGGUCCGUCACUUCGUGGACUUUAGCGCUAAGGCAACUAAGACAGUUCCCAUUGUCUACAUCUCGAGUAUAAGUACCAUAAGCCACUGGGAGGGAGGAGAAGCCCCAGAAGCUCAAGUCACCGACUUCAAUAAGGCCGUUAUGAACUACGGCCGCUCGAAAAUGAUCUCUAGUUUGAUCUUAGACGAGGCAGCUAAGGUUUCCGCUAUCCCUACGGCAAGUGUCCGCGUCGGCCAGAUUGCGGGCUCCCGGUUUGAAAAGGGUUUGUGGAGUAGACAGGAGUGGUUCCCCUCUAUCAUUGCGUCGUCCGUCUAUCUCGGGAUCCUUCCGGGCAACUUGGGCAUCUUCGACUCCAUUGACUGGAUGGCCAUCGAAGACGUCGCCCACCUCGUUUUAGAAGUGUCAGGCGUUGAGCAACGUCUUCCGAUCGAAAAGAUCAACGGCUACUUCCAUGCCGUCAACCCCAAGACGACGACGUGGAUCAAGUUGUCUGCUGCGGUGAGGGAGUUCUACGGACCCCGGAUCAAGAAGACGGUGAGUUUCAGAGAAUGGAUCGAUGUCCUAAAGGCUAGCCAGGAAACAACAACAGAUGUGAGCAAGAACCCUGGAAUCAAGUUGAUUGAUUCAUAUGAAGGCUUCUUCAGCGGAGAGAAGGAAGGGCCUGUUAAGUUCUCCAUGGAGAGGACACAGUCUUACAGCAAGACUGCUGCGAACUUGGAGGCUGUCACGCCGGAGUUGAUCCAGAACUGGUGCAAGCAAUGGAACUUUUAGCGGGAAAACUGUUUUUGUUGGAUACCAGAACUUUUGAUUCGGACCUGGGUUUAUUUGAUUCUCUAUCUAAUGUUGUUAUGAGGUGAAAAAGAAGAAUGUACGGAAGUUUAGGUUGAUUUAUCACUCGAAUAUACACGAUCAUCGAUACUUUCUAGUAUUUCGUGCCAGUUUGGAGUUGUUUUGAUGCGAUUGGCUCUGCAAAUACGGCUAUCAACACCAACUUGUGGUUAGCUCAACUCCCGUUGUAUCGGAGUCGGAGAAUAAUGCGGUUGAUAAUUUCAUAGUAAUUGACGAGAGCUUACUUGAG